UAGUUGUCUGGAUUGGCACCGAUCUACUGUCUCCGGGGCACGCGAUGCUCGUUCCCGUAAAUAUGAAAUGUGUUGUUGGCUAGACUUGCAAGUGGAGAAUUUGCGGUGUAGUCGAAUGAGCGUCGCGACCUACUCGCUGUCUGAUGCGGCCGUUGAUUGUCACAGAAGUCCGGGGAUUCACGUUGUUCCAUCGGGCCUACUUCGUUAAUUCUCUCUGUAUUGAUGAAAUACUUUUAUCUGAAUAGUAGUAGUUAGACAAAUAUUAUCGCCAAACGCUCAGAAUUAUACUGGAUAAACUCUGGGCGAGCCAAAAGGCGUGUGGAUUUCCCCCAUAUUGUUCUCAUCGAAACGAGGGCGCCGUGGAGGGCAUAGUGACUUGUCAUGAACGAGCCUGUAGAGAGCGGUGUAGUCUCGUUUGACGAGUACGUGCGUCAGAAGGCCCGCAGUGUGCCCCAGCACCGUAUGAAGGAGUUCCUGGAGUCUCUGGCCAACAAGGGCCCCGAGGCACUGCAGGAGUUCAGCCAGCAGGAUGGCGGCACCACCACCAUGGUGUACCAGCAGGGGGGCAACUGUGUCUACACAGACAGCACUGAGGUGGCUGGCUCGCUGCUGGAGCUGGCCUGUCCGGUGCAGGUGAACUCUGCACAGAUCUCACCCCAGAUGGCUGCUGGUGUGCACCAGGGGUCUGAGCAGCAGAUACAAGUACAGGUGCAGAUCCAGGGACAGCAGGGUCAGACGGUGGACCUCCAGGGCAUCCCCACAGCAGCACAGCUGGUCCAGCAAGGAGAGCUCACAGAGGAGCAGCACCAGCAGAUUCAGGCCCAGUUGGUGGCAGCAGUGUCAGGAGGUCAACAAAUUAGACUACAAAGCGGUCAACAAAUCCAGCAUAUUCAACUACAAGGGGGCCAGCAAAUUCAGCUCCAAGGAGGUCAACACAUCCAGCUUCAAGGGGAUCUACAGGGUGGUCAACACAUCCAACUUCAAGGGGGUCAACACAUCCAACUUCAAGGGGGUCAACACAUCCAACUUCAAGGGGGUCAACACAUCCAACUUCAAGGGGGUCAACACAUCCAACUUCAAGGGGGUCAACACAUCCAACUUCAAGGUGGGCAACAAAUCCAACUUCAAGGUGGGCAACAAAUCCAGCUACAAGGCGGGCAACAAAUCCAGCACAUUCAGCUACCAGGUGGUCAACAUAUUCAACUACAGGGUGGGCAGCAGAUCCAGUUCCAGACGGUGGAGGCCAUGUCUCCUCAGCAGCAGGGCUCUCCCCGUGAGGCAGAGAGGAGGGCGGGCACCAGCGUCCUCCAACCCGCCAAGAAGCGCAAGGUGGACAUUCCCAUCCAGGUGUCGUACGCCCUGCCUCAGGGCCAACAGGGCCAGCAAGUGGUCCUGGCCCUCCCCCAAGGGCAGGGGCAGCAGCAGCAGUUCCUGUCUCUCCGGCCCGACCUGCUUACUGUGGACAGCACCCACCUGUAUAGCACUACGGGUACCAUCACAGGCCCUGCCGGGGAGACCUGGACCAUCCCUGUGUACUCCGGUGGGCAGCAGGGGGGCGUGCAUCACAUCACCAUCCCCCAGGAGGCUUACAACACGAUGCAGGUGUCCUCUGGUCACCACGACAACAAGGACAAUAGGGUGGCCCACUCCUCGUCGUCGGGGGCUGUGUCUGUCCAGUCGGGCGCCACGGUGUCAGUCUCCGAGACAACGACGAACGAGGAAGUGGUGCAGACGCUUUUCCCGGCGCAGUUCAUGAACGGGAACAUUCACGGCCCUGUGGUGGUGCAGACGGUGGGAGGGGCUUACAACACCACGCAGCAGCUCCACAUCUGGGAUCCCCAGCAGCAGCAGGAACACCAAGAGCACCAGCUCCACCUACAGGGUCACAUAGAGUCAGAGUCCCAGGUGGAGGCCCCCCAGGAGCUGCUGCUGCCCAUCUCCCUGAAGCCUGAGGAGGGCCUGGACGUGUGGCGCCUCUGGGUCCAGCGCAAGAACACAGAGCUGGACAAAGACGAGCAGAACAAGCUGGCGCCCAUCGGACGUCGUCAGGCCCUGCGCUUCCAGGAGGACCUGGUGUCGAGUGCGGUGGCUGAGCUCAAUGUGGCUCUGGCCCUUAUGACCCAAGAGGCCCGGGGGUUGGAAGGAGAACAGUUUGAGCCUGACGCCCUCUACUACAUCUUCCUGUGUAUACAGAAGUACCUAUUUGAAAACGGACGGGUGGAUGAUAUCUUCUCUGACCAGUACUACACACGCUUCUCCCAGUGGUUACACAAAGCCUUGGAUGAGUGGAGGCCCGUCAUCCAUCCACUAGGGUACAUCAUUCCCAGUCACGUGACAGAGGAGAUGCUGUGGGAGUGUAAACAGCUGGGUGCCCACUCACCAGCCACGCUGCUCACAACACUAAUGUUCUUCAACACUAAGUAUUUCCAUCUGACAACGGUAGAACAGCACAUGAAGGUGGCCUUCUCCAAAGUGCUUAGGCACACAAAGAAGAACCCGUCCAACCCCAAGGAUAAGAGCACCAGUAUCCGCUAUCUGAAGGGCCAUGGUCCCUUAGGGACACAACAUGCAGGGCAGAAAGUGACUGAUGACAUGUAUGAGGAGCAGGCUGAGGAUCCUGAGAACCCUCUGCGAUGCCCAAUUAAGCUGUACGAUUUUUACCUCUUCAAAUGUCCCCAGAGUGCUAAGGGGCGUAAUGACGCGUACUACCUGACACCAGAGCCCGUCGUGGCGCCCAACAGUCCCAUAUGGUACUCCACUCAGCCAAUCACAAGUGAGCAGGUGGAGCACAUGCUCACACGCAUCAUCAUGGUGCGGGAGAUCCAGGAGGCCAUCGCCAUGUCAUCGGCCAACAUGCACUGAGCGGAGAGGGGAGGAGGAACUGAAAUGGACACACUAACCCCCGAAAUCAGCCCUCCUCUCUUAAGCUUUCCUCUUUCUGGUACCUCCUUCACUCAGUAAUGAACUCUAAGGACCUCCAGUGGCCUCAGUCUUAACCCAUCACACCUUCCAACCACAGGAGUGGGGAGCGACAGACAGUGUUUACAGAGUGGACUUAUGAGCCUUUUUUAAGGAAUAGACUCCUGCGUUUAUUCAUCUAAUGGCAGUUCAAUGGCAGUUAUGUCACUCAAUGCCCAGUUAUGAAUUACUGAAUCUUUUUUGAGAUGGUCACACGUAAGUAAGCCACCACUUCACCUAACCCCCCACCUCACUUCACCAUAUAAUUUUGUCCUGGACUGACGAGACAUGUGAAAUGAAUUUUGUCCAACUCACUAAAUCAGAGCUCAUCAUGUACUCUUGUAGGCCACUGCAGCCCCCAAUAAAGAUGGAAUGGUCAGAAAUGGAUGGUGAAAUAUCGGAUAUAUAUUCAGUCUUAUAUAUAAAUAUAUUGUACACAUACAGUGACUUCAGAAAGUAUUCGUACCCUUG